AUGAAUAUAUUGUGCCGGACUGUUUGUAUUGAGACCAAAUUAGGAAAAAUGACUAAAAAUUAUGAUUAUCUCUUUAAAUUGUUAUUGAUUGGUGACUCCGGUGUAGGAAAGACAAGUUUGCUUUUCCAAUUUACAGAAGAACAAUUUAACGCAACGUUUAUUGCAACAAUAGGUAUUGAUUUCAAAAUACGGACAAUAGAAGUCGAUGGAAAGAAAAUCAAACUCCAAAUAUGGGAUACAGCCGGUCAAGAGCGUUUUCGAACAAUUACAACAGCAUAUUAUCGGGGAGCAAUGGGCAUUAUGUUAGUAUACGAUAUAACACAACCAAAAACCUACUAUAACAUUAAACACUGGCUUCGUAAUAUUGUCGAUCAUGCAAACUCCGAUGUGGAACAGAUGCUGCUUGGAAACAAGUGUGAUAUGGAAUCUCAACGACAAGUUACGAAGGAAGAAGCCCAGGAAUUUGCCAGGCAGAAUAACAUCGACUUCUUCGAAACAAGCGCAAAGGAGGGUGAGAAUGUAAUAGCUGCCUUCACGCAAUUGGCCAGGUGUAUAAAACAGAAAAUUGAAGCUAAAACGGUGAGUUUUUUCCUCCAUACGUUCCAUUUGUUUUUUUUUGCUUGGUAUCUUCAAUGCGGUUUUAUUGAUAGUAUUCAUUACAAUACAUUGGGAUCCUUAUCUUAA